GGCGGCAGGGCCCGCGCCGACAUCGCCCUGGGCGGCGUGGACAGGGGCCAGCCCUACCUGCAGGAUUAUUUCACAGAUGAGAACAGAGCUUUGAAAAGAGACCCUCAACAGGAUUACCAUCUGGAGUAUGCCAUGGAAAAUAGUACACAUACAAUAUUGGCUUUUAGUAGAGAGCUGCACACUUGUGAUACAAAUGAUAAGCCUAUAACGGAGAGCACAAUGCGGGUGAUAUGGGCCUACCACCACAAAGAUCUUGGAGAAGCAGGUCAAAAUUAUCAUGGAUCUAAUCGUGGGUCAAAGAGUCUACGUUUACUGAACCCAGAGAAAACAAAUAUUAUAUCUUCCUCAUUGCCAUAUUUUGACCUGACAAAUAAACACGUGCCUAUACCAGAAAAAGACACAACAUAUUGGUGCCAAAUGUUUAAGAUACCUAUACAUCAUGAAAAACAUCACGUGAUAAAGGUGGAACCCUUGAUUCAGAAGGGCCAUGAGAGCCUAGUACAUCAUAUCCUGCUCUAUCAAUGUAGUAGCAAUCUGAAUGACAGCGUUCUGGACUAUGGCCAUGAGUGCUACCACCCCAACAUGCCAGAUUCUUUUCUCACGUGUGAGACAGUCAUUUUUGCUUGGGCCAUUGGAGGAGAGGGCUUUACAUAUCCUCCUCAUGUUGGUUUAUCCAUUGGCACAGCAACAGACCCUCAGUAUGUGCUUAUGGAAGUCCAUUAUGACAAUCCAUCAUAUCUAGAAGGGUUGAUAGAUAACUCUGGACUGAGGCUAAUUUAUACUCCAGUUUUAAGGAAAUAUGACGCUGGGGUUAUUGAAGCCGGUCUUUGGGUCAGCCUCUUCCACAAUAUCCCACCGGGCAUGCCUGAAUUCAUGUCAGAGGGUCACUGCACUCUGGAAUGUCUGGAAGAAGCUUUGGGUGAUGAACGACCAAAUGGGAUACAUGUAUUUGCUGUUCUUCUCCAUGCCCAUCUUGCUGGUAGAGUCAUCAGAAUGCGCCACUUCCGCAAGGGCGAGGAACAGAAGCUGCUUGCAUAUGACGAUGCAUUUGACUUCAACUUCCAGGAGUUUCAGUAUCUAAAGGAAGAAAGAACCAUCUUGCCUGGAGAUAAUUUAAUUACAGAAUGUCGCUACAAUACUACAGAUCGAAUUCAUAUGACAUGGGGUGGUCUGAGCACCAGAAAUGAAAUGUGCCUGUCCUAUCUGGUAUACUACCCAAGAAUCAAUCUGACACGAUGUGCAAGUAUUCCAGACAUAAUGGAGCAACUCUACUUUAUUGGUGUUAAGGAAAUAUAUAAACCAGUCAGGACUUGGCCUUUCAUUAUCAAGAGUCCAAAGCAAUAUAAAAAUCUCUCUUUCACGGAUGCAAUGAACAAGUUUAAAUGGUCCAAAUCAGAAGGUAUCUCCUACAAUGAGCUUGUACUUAGAUUACCAGUGAAUGUGAGAUGUUCAAAGACUGAUAAUGCAGAAUGGUCGAUCCAGGGCAUGACUGCAAUACCUCCUAAAAAAGAGAAGCCAUACAAGACUGAGCCAAUAAUAUGCAACUCAUCCUCUUGCUUACGCUGUAAUGUCUUCCUUAGCCUGUUGUUCAUUGCAUGUGUCACAAUAUGUACCCUAGGGAAAAGGGGGCUCUUUGUAUAAUAAUUUGUAUUUGUGUGUUCUUUAUGCCAUGCAGGUUCUGAUAUGUUUGCACUGUUGCUAUUGUAGAUUUAUUUUUUUACAUAUUAAUAAACUAAAUUGACUAGCUCAAAAAAAGGUGUUUACUUCAUCUGAAACCUGUGUCUAUUUGAUUUUCAGUGUACAGUAUGUAUAAAUAACAAUAGGCACACUGGUCCAAUAAAUAGCUCAAAUGGCUUCCCAUACAGUUUUGUUACAUCUUAUACUGUCUUUUCACACAAUGUUUCUAUAAGCAGUUAUGUAUUUGGGAAAAUUAAUAAACUAAAACUGAAUUAGCUAAC